AUGACGAAUCGGAUAGAAGUGUAUGAUGCUCUGAGACACUUGAAGAUGUUGAAGAGGAGACGCGAAGAGGGUGGUAGCGUAAAUUGGAUAGUCGAGGAUGCCUCUAAGUUCAAAUUGGUCGAUGAGAAGACCGGCGAGAGAAAAUUGUUGAUCGAUGCACUUCGGAUUCGAGAGAUUCAGAAGGCGACGAAGCUAGGGGGAUGCAAUGUCGAGGUUAUAAAGAAGGAGAAGGAAGGAAUCGAAGUGAGGACAAGUGAAAGAUCGAUAAGGAAAUCCGAACUCGAGUUUGUUCUUCGCAGGCUCUUGCAUUUUCUACCGCCCGAGACGUUCCAGUGUGCGGUGAGAGCAAUCGACGAGAAAUUUUGGGCGGUAUUGGACGUUACGGGUUCUGGAAAUAUCGACUAUAAGAUGUUCUUUGCUAUUAUAUCACCUAUAUGCUAUGGUUCACCGGAGAAACGCAAGCGUGCAGCCUUUGAUGCUCUUUUAUGCCGAGCAUCAAACGACGGCGUUAAAGUUCAUGUUUAUUUGAGAUAUCUAAGGGUCGUCUAUCUUCCAUCUCUAGGUUUUACUGAGUUGAUUGGAAUCAACGGAGGCGGAGAAGAUGUGAAUAUUCCAUUUCGUGAGUUCAUCGAUUGGUUCGAUGACCCAGAUCAAGGUUUUGGGGUGAUGAGCUCCCUGGUUAAGUUGGAGGCCGGUGAUAGAGCUCGAAGGGGCAAAUAUUCUUGUGGAGUUUGUAAGUAUAGAGUUGGUGGAUUGAUGUUGAAAGAGAUCAGUUCACAUUUCUGUCUGUGUGCUAGUUGCUAUAGCGAGUGCAGGGUGCCGUUUGCUUUUCAGAAAGAAGAAUACAAGUUCAAAGAGUACAUUGUAGAGUAG